GUUCAAAACCUCUGUUGGGCGGUACUCUAAAACCUGCAUCAAAAUGUCUAGAACUACUCACAAGAUCUACGUUGGGAAUCUGCCUCCAGAUACCAAAACUCGAGAUAUCGAGAAUCUAUUUUCGAAGUAUGGUCCGAUUGCGGCAAUCGAUCUGAAAGCUGGACAAAGACGUGGUCCACCGUUCGCAUUCGUUGAGUUUGAAGACGAGCUUGAUGCAUCGGAUGCCGUUCGUGGGCGUGAUGGAUACAACUUUGAUGGGUACGCCUUGCGAGUCGAGUUACCACGCACUGGAGGUUUCAACAAUGGGAAUGGCGGUCCUAACCCUAACCAGUUCCGGCGAGGAGGCUUUAAUCGCGGGGGAGGUGGGGCUAGUGGCCCCUCAAGAAGGUCAGACUUCCGAGUAAUUGUCACGGGUUUGCCACCCACUGGUAGUUGGCAAGAUCUCAAGGAUCACAUGCGUGAAGCUGGGGAUGUUGGGUAUGCCGACGUGUUCCGAGAUGGCACCGGUGUAGUUGAAUUCCUAAGGUACGAGGACAUGAAGUAUGCUAUUAGACGUCUGGACGACUCCAAGUUUCGUUCUCAUGAGGGUGAAUCCUCGUAUAUCCGUGUCCGCGAAGAGAGGGCUGGAGGGUCUCGUUCCAGGUCUCGAUCAUAUGGCUCACCAAGAAGAGGUCGAUCCUACGAUUCGUGUUCUAGGUCAAUCAGCCCCCGACGAUGAGAUACUGGACAAGUGUGAAAUUUUGUCUUCUGGAUAAUGGAAAGAGAAAACGACCACAUAGGAGGGAACAGCGGAAUAUUAGUUUUGUGGCCACAGGAUGGACUCAGUGCAUCUGAAGGGAUAGGAAUACUAAUGUUUACUGUACAUGUCAGUGGAUUGAUGGAUGCACUUUACCAUGAGUGAUUCUCAGGAGGUCAUACUUCUGCUUCUCCAGAUGGAAAAGGGAGUAGGUGUGCAUUGUGGAUCCUAAGUUUGAGUCGAAACCACAAGAUAGUGAAAUGAUCAGUAGGAUAUAAGUUUCAGGAGUCUUGGAUUUCAUCUAAGGAUGGACUUUGGAUUUCUUGGAUUUGCUCACGGAUGCUUGGGAUCGGAUAGCGGAAUGUAGGUUGCAAACCAAGCUGUCAGGAGCAUACUCGUAUCGUAAGUCCUGUACAGAAACACACGCACAACAACGGAUAUUAGAUCACAACUGUUCUGGAACAUAUCUCGCCCAUUAAAUGCUUUGGCGUUCCACCUUUGCAAUGGACCCCAAAACAGUCGAUAGACAUCCAUGAAGGCUAUCGUCCAGCACCCAUUGGACGUAAAUAAAUAAAUCCCGUUUGAUUCUUAAAGCUAGGUAGUCAAUUUCAACGCUGAAAAAUCCUGUUUUCACAUCAGGACUCAACAUUAUUUGCUUUGGUGUCAAAUAAAUUGUUUAAUCUCUUGUGUUGAUAUCACGUGUUGGUAUUAUGAGGUCUAUGUAGCACUGAUCGGGAUCUGGUUGUCACAAAGCGAAGUGACUGCCAGAUGGCAGGUCUACAUAUGAUAUGUUGUGAUGAGAUAAGGUUCUACAAUUUCACAUUCCAUUAAUGCCAACUCAAGAAAUUCCUAGCUUGUUAGUCAGGGACAUUAAUUCUCAAUACUUGAUCGCUAUGAAGAGUCUCCUCGACAGGAAUACUGUCUACUAUCUAGAGAAGCAUUUCGGUCGACUUCAUUGCUUGGUCUAUCGCAGACAGGGCUUGUCAAUGAGUGUGUGUGGGUGGGGUCCUCAGAGUCGUGACUGGCCAUCAAUCGUGUUAUCCAACUCUCUGACUUGGUUGUGAGAAGUACUUUUUCACAAGACAUUGACGCCUCUGCUUACCGCACCAGGAGUUUAGUCUCGUAGUUGCUAAGCUGACCGCGAGUUGCCCUCAGUCAUAACCACGGAAAAUACAUCGAAAAGUGUCAAUCUGUGUAGAGCUACUGUUUAGUGCUGACUAGUCUAAGGCGCACCAGGGACGUGAAUUAUAAUUGUGUACAAAGAUUGACGUGGUGUUGUGUUCUAAGUCUCAGAGGAGGAUUUCAAAAUCAGGUUGGGAAGUGAAGAAUACAAUAGUUGAGCAUCUUGAUCACGCGAAGCUCAGUUUGUCUAGAUUCGAGCUCAAACCGAUGGGCUAUGCCAGUCGACAUUCAUUACGCCAGCAAGUUAUCUUUAUUUCUUCAACAUAGCUGUAUGGUGAGACAUGACGUAAGCAUUAAUUAACUCACUUGCGUUAGACCCACCGAGACUGUCCUUCUGGUGAUCAUGUGGGCUUCGAAGUGCGUUCUCACGACACAGGUGAACCAAUCUUGUCGAGGGGUUAGUUUCGUUUGCGGAUAAAUUGUGUUUAUUGUUUGUCCCACGACCAGUCGUUUUUCUGUAUGUCCGUCUGUUAGGGUUGAGCCCAUGAUGUUUGCAAGUGUGGCGAGAUUAUGUUGUCUCUUCAAUGUGAGUUGUUCAGUCUUGGCACCCGGAAGGUCUCGCUCAACAAAAAGAUCGUAUUUAGACAUAGGACCAACGGCCAGACCCCCUGGAUUAAUGAGAGGAUGGAAUGCGAGUGACGAGAGUUAGUGCUUAGUUCCGUGGUACGAUUUCAAAGUUUAUUAUUGUAUUUCGGACUACGCUAGGACCACGUACUCAAUGAGUCCGCACCGAGAGGCAAAACUAAUGUAGUUGUUGUGAUUAGCAAUUUUGGAAUACGCACGGUGAGGUUGUGACAUAAUAGCAUUGCGGUGAACUAUGACAGGAGUGAGUGUGAAACUUAAAGGUGUACGGGACUACUUUGGUGCUCGGUGGGAGUUGCAGUGUGAUGUUACUGGUGGAUCGGGAGUUGAGUUAGACUCAGUCGGACCCAUAUUUGAUUAUUGCAGUGUCGAUCGGUGUGAUGACUUCUCAUGCUUGCUACAAGGGAGUUAUCAACCAGAUCGGUCGGUGAAGUCUUUCUCAACAUCUAGUGCUUUAGGAUUGAUAAAUAAGGUGGUCAAUUUACUGAACUCUACGCUGCUAUGCAAACCAUAUUGUUUUCUAAUCUUUCCAGCGUCUUGUUGUCCCGCUUUUUUUAUUUCCUGUCACUUCUCCAGGUCACGGUUAUAUUAAUUCUCUCCUGACCGUAUAUUUUCAUUAAAUUUUAUAUCGUAUUGUGCCGAUUUCAAUUAUUAUGGUGUACUUCUUUACUGGAAAAAAUAUAGUUCAGUGUUUCGUUGAACUGGAUCUUUUGUCUAUUUGUACUUUGUUUAUGUGGUCUAGAACCAACUUGUGAUUUGUUCACUAUAAAUUAUCGUCCAGUUCUAACACAGUGAUAUCAUUUAUUUGUAUCUUUGAAAUGGUUGAAGUUGCGCUUAUCUCUUCUGUUAGUUGGAAAUUGGUAAUGUUAGUGCCAACUUAAACAAUGCUGCUUGUUUUUGUUGUCACAGUAAGACUACACCAAUUUUUUAUAAUAAUUAAGAUUUCAACGGGAAGCUAUGUAUCGCAGAGAGCGAUAGCAAGUCAUGCCAGUUGACUUUUUAGGUUUUUGUGCUGUCGACU